AUGGAAGAACUUGUUCAAUAAAUGAUUGCAAUUUCAGGAGGAUAAAUGAAUGAAGAGAAAGCCAAGUAAUAUUUGCGAUAUGGCAAAAAUGACAUAGAAUUAGCAUUAAACUACUUUUAUCAAGCUGAGGAGAGAAAGAAGAGAUAAUAGCCAACUGCGGGUAUUACAAAAUUAAUGGAAGGAGCCAAAAAACAAUAAUAGUUAUAAAAGAUUCUGAAGGACUUAAAUUAGGAAUAUUAAAAGCCUAUCGAGGAAUGCUUGGAUCAAUAGAUAGUUUUGAGCAAACCCUCUGGAAAUUUAGAUUUCCAAUAAACAAACGAUAUUGAGGAGAUUGCAAUUCAAUAUGCUUAAGAAAAAAGACAAGCUAAAUUUAGAUAGAGUUCAGAAGUGUUGAAAUAAUAAAAAAAUGAGGAAGAGCAAAAAAACACAUAAUUACAGAAUUAAUAAUAAAAAAAUAAAAAGAAGUAGAAUAAGACUAAGGAAUAGAAAGAUUAAAUAUUGGAAGAACGAGAAACUAAAUAAACCGAUGAAUCAGAAAAUAAUGAAAAAAAAAACUAAAAUUCUGGGUUAAAACUGAAUUCAGGAGAAACAACUAUUAACCGCGGCAUUACAUUUCCACUCUUUAUAGGAAGUGCAAAAAUCAAAGGUUAUGCUUUGGGAAGUCAGAAUUUGAAGGAUGUACAAUAAUAACCAAUCCAACUUAUUUUGGAUGGGACUUGCAAAGUAGUUGACAAAGGAAAAAAAUCAAAUAAAAUUGUGAAAGGAUAAAACAUAAUUAGAAUAGGCCACAAUGACCGAGAAAUAGGUCGAUUGAAUUCAGAAUACGAGGAUCUAUUUAGUCCAUUGCUAUAGGAGAACUAUGUAAAAAUAAUUGGAUAUCAUGUUCAAUCCUAGGUCCUAUGUAAGACACAUGAUUUAAUAUUAUUGUAAAUUGAUGUGUUUCUAAACGAGAAGGCAUUAUCUGAUGGAACAAGCGAUUAGUUUGAUGAUGCUGUGCAAGAGUUUGUUAGAUAUAGUGAUAACUUUUAAAAGUUAUAUGAUUUAGUCAAUUGCAAAUUGAUAACUUCUACUAAAGUGGAUUUUAUUGAUAAGAAAAAAAUCGAAAACAGCAGUGUGGAAAUAAAAGAGAAUAGUAAUAAUAACACCUUAAGUAAAACGGCAGUGACCUAUUAGGAAGACCCAUUUAAGUAGAAGCCAAAACAAUUAUCUCUCAAUGAUUUUAAACUAAAAAAUAAUGUUUCAGAUUAGAGUUAAAUGAUGAAAGUAGAAAUAGAAAGGGAGAAGACUUAAAAUGAAAUGAAUGUAGAAAUAGAUUGCGAUAAGUUCCUAGGCUUUAAUAAUUGUACUCAUCAUGAUUUGGAGAUGCAUCAAGGUCCAAAAUAAUUGGGCUCUAAACUAUUUGAUUAUUAGAAACAAGCAUUAACAUGGUUAUUGUAGAGAGAAGGAGUGAUUAAAGUGGAUGACGAAAGCUCUUCUAAUGCUUUACAUCCUUUAUGGAAAGAGUAUUAAACUAGUCAAGGCUUAAAAAUAUAUUUCAAUCCCUUUUCAGGUUAGUCUUCUUUGGAUUUUCCAUCCUCUUCUCGAAGAUGUAAUGGAGGCAUUCUAGCCGAUGAAAUGGGUUUGGGUAAGACUGUUAUGUUGAUUUCUUUGAUUUUGGCUAAUCCAUUUAAAACUCCUUAGGACUACUAUCAUAAAAGUACAAAAAAGAAUUAGAAUCAAAGUGGGAAGAAAUGGAUUGGGGAUUAUGUAGGUUAUAAGAAGAAGAAGUGGGCUAGGACAUUAAUUAUAGUUCCGGUGAGUUUGUUAUAAUAAUGGCAAGAUGAAUUGAAUUAUCAUUGUAGUUAGCAUUUGAGAAUAUUUCAAUAUACUGGGGCUGAAAGAAAUCUAUCAGAUUUAUGCCAAUAUGAUGUGGUGGUCAGUUCAUAUCAUACAAUUAGUGUAGAAUUUAAGAAACCCUCCAAAGAUCCCUACUCAGUGUACAAUUAUAGUUGGUACAGAGUAAUUCUGGAUGAGGCUCAUUAUAUAAAGGGGAGAACAACAUUACUUGCCUAAGGAGCUUAUGAAUUAGAUUGUUAUUAUAGAUGGUGUUCAACUGGUACACCUAUUUAGAAUAAUCUUAAUGAUAUGUUUAGUCUAAUCCACUUUAUUAAAUUAGAACCAUGGUCUGAUUAUCUCUGGUGGAAUGCAUAUAUCAAUAAACCCCAUGAGGAAGGGAAGGAUAAUAUAUUUCCUCUAUUAAAUUCCAUCCUUAGACCAAUUUUGUUAAGGAGAACCAAGAAGAGCAAGGAUCAAAAUGGAAGGCCCAUAAUCAAUUUACCCAAUAAAGAAAUUCAUUUUGAAUACAUAGAAUUAAAGAAGGAUGAGAGAAUGGUCUAUGAUAAGAUGGAGAAGAAAUCUCAGGAUGAAGUUGAAGGGUACUUAGCCAAAGGAAUCUUAAUGUCUCAAUAUAUGAAAGUGUUUGAACUCUUAAUUAGACUCAGACAAAUUUGUGAUCAUCCCUUACUCAUCACAUCUAGAAGUGAUGUCAAGAAUAUUGAUCAAUUGGAAGAGCAAAUUGAUAAAUUCCUUAGUAGUCAAUCUUUGGAUAGAGAAGAUUAAGAGGAACUGUUAAUGAACAAUUAAUAAGUUUAGAUCUGUUAAGAUCAACAAUAAUAUAAACAAGAAGUUUUGAGGAGAGUCAAAGAAAAUGAUAUUCCACCAUGUCCUGUAUGUUUAGAAUAGGUUGAAGAUACAAUUGUCACUAUUUGUUUGCAUUUUCUUUGUCGAUUAUGUUUAUAUGGUAUUUUAGCUAAUUCCAGUGAAUGUCCGUAUUGCAGGAAAUAUUUAACCAAAUAGGAUACUAUGACUUUGCCUAGGGAGAGUUCAUUUAGUUUAAAUUGGAAGGAGAACUAUAAAAGAUCAAGUAAAAUAGAAAAAGUAAUGCAAAUAUUGGACGCUAUUCCAAAGAAUGAAAAAUGUGUGAUAUUCACUCAAUUUAUUGGCAUGAUACAAAUGAUUGAAUUUGAUCUUGAUAAUUAGAAAAUUAAGCAUUUAAGAUUGGAUGGAAGUAUGCCAUAAUAGGAGAGAGCCGAAGUGUUGAAGACUUUCAAAGAGGACGAUGAAUACAGGAUAUUUAUAAUUUCACUCAAAGCUGGUGGGGUUGGAUUAAAUUUAACUUCUGCCAAUCAUGUCAUUAUGAUAGAUCCUUGGUGGAAUCCUGCUGUAGAAGAAUAGGCUAUAGAAAGAGUUUAUAGAAUUGGUUAGACAAAAGAGACACAUGUUUAUAGAUUAAUUUGCAAAUAGACUGUAGAGGAAAGGAUGAUCAAGCUUCAUGAUGUUAAGAAAUAGUUGUUCGAAUCAAGUAUAAGGACUGAAGAAAGAAGCAGUCUAAGAAUGGAAAUGUUCAAAAAUAUUAUUUUGGGAUCUUGAAUUAUUUCUUUUUUAUCAAUAUUAUUUAAAGUAUAUUUACUUUGUGAUUUAUUUUUC